AGCAGGUUGCACUUACAGCCCGGAAGUGCUUUCCAGUCAACAUGGCGAUCGCCGGUCUGCUCCCGCGGUUGUCGGUAUUCCGUUCUCUUGGUGCCCUUGGCAUUCGCUAUUUUCAGAGCGCCUAUAGCUUAGACAAGUUAUAUCCAGACAGUGUACACCGGAGCUCAGAGGAGAACAUACAGGAUCUUAUAGACAUUCCAGUAGAUCGUCUGAGCAUCUCAUACAGCAAGAGCAGCGGUCCUGGAGGACAGAACGUCAAUAAAGUUAACACAAAGGCUGAAAUAAGGUUCCACCUGGCCUCAGCUGACUGGAUCCCUGAAGUUGCCAGGCAGAAGAUCUCUGUGCAGCAUAAAAACCGAAUAAACCGUGAUGGAGAACUAAUAGUCACCUCACAAGUGAGCCGGUACCAGAUGCGCAACUUGGCUGACUGCCUGGAUAAAAUCCAAGCAAUGAUUUCUGAAGCAAACGAGAGGCCAAAGCCUGUGUCGAAGGAGGAUGUUAAACUGAGGCAAAUCAGGCUGGAAAAUAUGAACAGAGAACGCCUGCGGCAGAAAAAGAUCAAUUCAUCAGUAAAACGGAGUCGCAGUAUAUGCUUGGACUAACACAGGACUGACAGGGCUUUCCCUCUUGUGGCAAAAGAAGCCUUGUCUUGUGCCCAAAUCUGAAAUUCUGAUGCCAAUAUGUAAUUUAUAAGGACUGCUGGUGAAAGAAUGGUCAAGCAUGUGGUAUCCACACCUUGAGUACAACUAAGAUUUAAGACAAAAAAAAAAUAACAUAAUAAACUUGUAUAUGGAAAGCUUGAAAAGUGGACUUUAUGGGUAUGCUCUAUGUUGUAAAUGCCUGGUAAAAACAGAUAACAGAGUGACAGGCAAAUGAGCAAGUUUAUUACAGGCAUGAAAAUAAAUAA